AUCUCUGUCACUGGAAUUUUUCUUUCUUUCUUCUUUCUUUUUGCUCCGUCUCCAUUUUUUAAACUAUAUCUAGGAAUCUAUCCCCUGCAUCCCCCAGGACAAGCAGAUACACCCAAAUCAAUUCAUCAUGGAUAGCCACUCUGCUCCUCCACCACCCGCUGACGCUCCCGCUGCUCCAGCCGGGGACGGCCCGGCCCCUGUCCAGGCCACUCAUCAUUCACACGCCGUCCAUCAUGAUCAACCGAACGUGCACGUGGAGAAGAAGACUUCCAAGGGCCAGUUGACGCCGCGUCCGACCUUCCUCGCCAAUCUCCGAGCUAGUUCGCGGGAUGCCCAGUUUACGCUCAGCCGUAGCAACUCCAGCGAGUUGGAUCGCUACUUUCACGGCCCGCGCGAUCUGAAUCAACAUUCCAAAUGGCCGACUUUUUGUCGUAUGCACGGCAGUGUCAUGCCUAAGAUGAUCCUGCCGUUGACGUUUGUCGCGGCUUGGUCGAGCCUUAUCACUUGCAUCUCCUUCUUUUUCCAUAACCUCGGCAUUGAUAACAUCCUCCUGACCGUGACCGGUUUCGUCGUCGGUCUGGCCCUGUCGUUCCGCAGUUCGACCGCUUAUGAACGAUGGGCUGACGGCCGCAAAUACUGGUCCUUGCUGAUCCAGACCUCCCGCAACCUGGCCCGCACCAUCUGGGUCAGCACAGCCGAACGACCGGGCGAGAAGGGAAAGGAAGAUCUGAUGGGAAAGCUAACGGCAAUGAACCUCAUCCUCGCCUUCGCCAUUUCCCUCAAACACAAGCUGCGCUUCGAACCCGACGUCGGCUACGAGGACCUCGCCGGUCUAAUCGGCCACCUCGACACCUUCGCCAAAGAAGCCCACGACCGCGUCAACAUGCAGCCGCCCAAGAUGUCACCCUGGAAAUCCCUCGGCGAGUCUCUGGGUGUCUCCUUCGCCGAGUCCAACCCGCGCAAACGUAUCAAGCGCUCUAAGAAGCCGCUGGGCCAUCUCCCGCUCGAGAUCCUCAACCAUUUGGCGGCUUACAUUGAUCAGUGUAUUGCCAGUGAGACUCUCACUAUCAGCUUGCACCAGGGUCAAGCUAUCAGCGCCCUGGCGACAUUGAACGAGGUCGUCACCGGCUCCGAACGAGUCCUCGAUACGCCCCUCCCAGCCGCAUACAGUAUCGCCAUUGCCCAGAUCGCCUGGAUCUACGUGCUUGUGCUGCCUUUCCAGCUCUACAACGCCUUGAAAUGGGUUACCAUUCCUGGUUCAAUUGUCGCAGCCUACAUCAUCCUCGGCCUCGCGACCAUCGGCAGCGAAAUCGAAAACCCCUUCGGCCAAGACGUCAACGACCUCCCCCUCGACACCUACUGCCGCCAGAUCGCCCUCGAACUGGACAUCAUCACCGCCAUGCCGCCCCCCAAGGUCGAAAACUUCACCACCCGCGACGAGAACCUCGUGCUUUACCCGCUCAGCACGGCCGGCUUCUCCGACUGGAAGGACCGCAGCGUGGAGGAGAUCCGUGCCGCGCUGCGCACGAAGGUUGUUGCUAAUACUAAUAGUAGUAGUGCUGCUAAUAGUAAUGGCUCUGGGCCGUUGGGUGGGACGACGUCCGAUGCGGAGACUGUUGUGGGGAGUAUGAGGAGUAAACAGUCUGUUUGACUUCUCUACUCUUCUCUGGUUUCCUCAUUUGGAAGGAAGAAUAGGAGGUGAAAAAUGCAUUUGUUAGUGGGUUUUGUUAUUGAUAGGUGUGUUUCGGGCAUUAAUUUGGGUGUUUGAUUUCUUUCUUGUUUCUUUUCUGUUUUUUUAUUGUUUCUGUUCACGGCGUAGUCAAGUAUAUCAUAUCAUCCAGUUUGUGUCAUUUUUAGCAUUCACCUGUUUAACCCUCUAUCAACCAAAACAUC